UUUGAAUCGUGUUUGUAUGUGUGUGUUGUACAAGUGUCUGGACUAAAUCUUAAAUUUCGUUACUCAGUGAAAUGAUUGUUUGAUGCAGUCAUGAGUUGGUUUGGGUCAGCCUCAGAAUGGAAGCAGGGGCUCAGUUCUUCAGCCCUGAGCAAAGUUGAAGAACUAGAGAACCAGGUGGAACGAAUGAAACGUGAAAGGACACAGAAACAGAAUCAGUUAGACACUCUUCAGCAAUCUUUAGACAACCAGAAAAGAAAGACUGAUGAGGGUACCAAGGAAAAGCAAGUACUACAGAAAGAGAUAGAACAAUUAGCUCGUAGCUGUGAACAACUCCAGCUUCAAUUGCAGAAGGGUCAAUAUGACCAUGUCACCUCAAGCAUCACACUCCUGCCUCCUCGCCAACCUGCAGUUAUAGAUUCUCUUUCAACUCAUACAGGGGAAGAGAUGGAUAGCUUGCGAAAAAAGGUGGAUGAGUUGUUGUGUGAGAAUAAGGACCUACAAUCCAAAUUAUCAGAGCAAAAGAUGCUUCACCAGUGCAUUGAUGUCUGUGUAACUUCUACUUCUGCUGCUGUGGGAGACAGUGACAGAGAUUUCUGGGGUAACUCUAGUGAGAGGAGUAACAAGUGGAGUCAACGUACUCCAAAUAAAACACCAAAAAAGGCUUUGGAGACAAGUGAGGAAAACCCAUUUAAAACUCCUUAUCAGACUCUCCAAAGUAAAGGUCUUGGAAAGAGUGAGGGAAACCUGUUCAAAACACCAAAAAAGCACCACUCAACUUCAUCUCUGCUAACUAUUCCCCCAGUUCCAGGACCCAAUGACGAGUACACUAAGCAGUUGGAGAAUAUGAUUGACCAGUAUAAGAAGGAAAUAGAAAGUCUUAAAUCGUCAAGUUCAUCCUCACCUGAUACGAGUAAGUUACAGCAGGAGGUAACAGCCAUGCGGACAGCAAUAGAUAAAGCAAAUACUGAAUUUGCUGUUCAAGAGAAAGCUCUUAAAGCUGCAAAUGAACAGUUGUCCACAUUUAAGUCUGCUGCAGAGGAAGCAGCUGGCAAGUUGGAGAAAUCUGAGCAGCGUCUACGAGCAGUCCAAAAUGAGUUGGACUGUCAGAGGCACAACAGUGAGGCUGCUCGCAAGAACUUGGAGGACAAGUUCAAAGGAUCUGAACGAGAACUGAAUGCAGACAUUACCCAAGCACAGAAUGACAUGAUGAACAUGGAACGUCAAAUGCGUGACUUACAGACAAAACUCCAGCAACAAGAAACCCUUGCCCGCAACACCCAAAACUCUCUGCAGGCAUCUCUGGAUAAAGCAUUAGCUCAGACAGUAUCAGUAGAAAAAGAUUACAGGAUGGCUUUGAGUCGGAGCAAUCAGUUAGAGGCAGAGGUUGCUAAGUUAGAGAAAGCAGCAGAAGAUUUUACCAAAAAUCUGACUCAGUUACGUCAGGAGAAAGAAAUGGCUGCUGCUCAGGUAUCAGGGCUGAAGGUAAAACUUGCUGCAGCAGAAUCUUCAGUUGAGAAACUGACUACCCAAGUGCAGAUGGCUGAACAGCUAGCAGACAGUAAGAAAUUUGAACUGGAGCAGCUGUAUUUGGAGAAGGACAAGGUUGUUAAAGAUGCUGAGAAUAGCAUGACUAAGUUAUCCCAGGAGAUUGGCCAGCUGCAGGAUGAGCUAAAAUCUAUGAUAAGGCAGAGGGAUGAGGCACAAGCAUCUGUUACCACAACCAAAGAAGAUUGUGACAGAAAAUUAGCAGGAUUAAAUGCAAUGGAAGCUGAGGUAUCUGAUAUGCGAGCUAAGAUUGCCAAAACAAAUGCAGAGAUGGAGCUCUUGAAGACAGAUACAGUAUCCACAGUAGAGAAGGCCAAGAUGGAGGCUAUUAUGGAAGUGGAGAAGAUGAAAGAGGAAACAAGGAAUCAGGUCACUGAAGCUGAGAGAAGGGCCAAAGCAGCAGAGGAGGAGGCAACAGAGGCCCAGAAAAGGGAGGAAGCAGCUCGUGGGGAGAAACUGGUGGCUGAGUUAUCUGCAUGGGAGUUAGAAGGAAAAAUAGACCCUCUCAAAUCAGAGAUUGUACAGCACCAAGAAGCUACAAGCGCUCUGAAAUCUGAGAUUGAAUUAUUGAAGAAGGAAAAAGCCGAAGGUGAAAAACAACUUGAAACACAGAUAAAAGAAAAGGAAGACACUAUUCAAGACUUAUUCUCUGCUCUGGAAGAGAAAAAGUGGAGUAUCUUAGAGAUUGAGGAGAAAUGUAAGGAUGCAAAAGUGGCACUUGAGGCCCUUACCAAAAAGGAAGUACUGUUCAAGUCUCAGUUGGAAGAUGUGCAGAAACAGCAUGCUGAACAUAUUAUAGCUUUGGAUAAGAAUUUAGAAAAGGGGGAACUUGCAUUAAUGGAGAAUAAUAGAAAAAUAGAAACCUUGUCCUUAGAACUUGGUGCUGCACAGUCAGAAAAGAGGGAACUUCUUCAUCAGUUAGAAGCAUUAAGACAUGAAACUGAGGAGAAACUAAUGGAUUUGCAGAUAGCACUUGAUGAAAGCAAUUCUGCCUUGGAGAUGAAACAAGAGCAUGUGUUAUGUCUUGAAAGAAAAUGUCAGAGUAUUGAACAGGAAUUUAGCUAUGUUUUAGAACAAAAGCAACAAAUUGAAGUAGCGUAUGAUGCUUCAGAAAAACAACAAACUGAAAAGAUAGCAAAUCUCAGCCAGAUUUUGAAAAAACAAGAAAAUUCCGUACAAAACAGUCAGAAGGAAGUGGAGAACAUGACAGCUCACCUUGAAACUUUAAUGGAGGUAAAUAAGAAGUUAGAAGGUGAAAAUGAAAGAAUAAAAACUGCAAAUGAAGAUAAAUUUAACAUUGUACAAGCUGCUCUUGAGUUAACUGAAAAUCAUAGCUCUGAAUUGAAAAAACAAGUUGAAAUGCUUCAAACUAAGGUCAACCAGUUGAUUUCCAAUUUUGACAUCAAAGCACAAGGUCUUACAGAAGAGAACACAAAGCUGAAGCAGACACUUGCAGAUCAAAGAUUAACUUUAGAUAACCUUAACAAGGAGCACCAAGGGAAAUUGCAAAGGUUAGUGGAAGCUGACCAAGAGAUUUGUAAGCUUACACUUAAUAUUGAAGAGAUGUCAGUAUCACUUAAAGAAGUAACAUCAACUUUAAGGGAAAAGGAGAAUUUAAUGAAAGAAAAAGGUACUGAGCUAGCAAAUAGCAUUAUACAGGAGAAACAACAGGAGAAACUGGUAGAAGAAGUAUCUGAAAAAUUGAGGGUAGUGGAGAGUCAUUGUGAAAUAUUGACAUCAUCUCUUAAUGAAAAGGAAGAGCAAUUAAGCCAGAGUAACAGUAACUCACAGAUGUUGAAUGAUGAUCUGAAUACCUUGAAAAAUAAGCUUGAAGCUGCAAAUUAUGAAAUAAAUGGAUUAAAGGAAGAUGUAGUGAAAAAAUCGCAAGAAUUAAGUCAAUUUGAGAUGAGUGCUGAAUGUGCAGAAGAGGCAUUAGCUAGAGUUGACAUCUUGGAGGAGGAACUGAAACUGCUGCAGGAGAAACACAGUGCAGUUGUCACUAAACUUUCAGUUUCCACAGCAGUACUUGCAGCUAAAGAAGAGGAACAUUCACUGAUUCAGAAUACUGUAAUGGAACUUGAAAAUGAAAAGAAUGCUGCAAUAAAAUGUCUUCAAGAUAAGUUAUUACUUUCUAGUGAAGAAAAGAAAGGGUUGGUGCAAAGGCUACAAGAAGUGGAAGAAAGAGCUGAAAAAGCUUCAAAAACUAAUUAUGAAACCCAGAUACAAUUAGAUGAAAAAUCUUCUCAACUGGAUGGAUUCCAAAAACAGUUAGAGCAGUAUAUGUCAACAACCAGUAGAUUAAAAGAAGACCUAUCUAGCCACAAAGCUGAAAAGGAUCAAUGGGAAGCAGAACGAAUUUCAUGGCAGUCAGCUAUGGAAAACAUGGAACAGGCAAAUAACAUUCAUGCAUCAGAAAUUGAACAGUUACAUACUAACAACAACAGUCUAAGUGAACGUUUGGCAAACUUGAUGGAGGCCGAAACAAUAUUGCAAAAGAGACUUGGGGAUAUGGAAGCAGUAAAUGAACAACUAUGUUCUUCUCUUGUGGAGAAGAAUGAGGAACUACAAGAAUUAAAACUGUCCCGUGAGCUGCUUCAGGAACAAAGGCAACAACAUGACAUCCAAGUUGAUGAAGCAAUUGCAACCCUGACUGAAAAGUUGCAUAACUGCCAGAAGGUCCUACAGUUGAAAGAAAGUGAAAUAGAAGAUCUUAAGAAGCAGCAUAUGAUAUUGUGUCAGGAAAAUGAAGAACUUAAGUCAGAAAAAGAGAAACUUAAGGAGCAGUUGGAUUCUGCAAUGAAAUCAUUAUGGACUGCUAAGGAGAGAAUGAUUGAUAAUGAUACAUAUUGGGAUGUGUGUGCAGAGAAGGAGUUCUUGAGAGGGAAAGCUGCUGCCCUACAAAUUGAAUAUGACAAGGUGACUGAUAAAUAUCACCAGGAAUGUCGCAAAGCUGAGAACGUGCAGAGAGACUUUGAUAGUUAUCGUGAUGUGAUCAUGAUGAUGGGGCGCCAGCAGAAUCAGACUAUGAAUGGUGAAAUGGCUCAGAUUCAGAAGGAGAAUGUUGAUCUGAUUGUUCGCUUGGAAUAUCUUGAAAAACACAAUGGACAGCAAUAUCGUACUAUGUGUGGUCUAAGAAAACAAGUGGUUAAGCUGACCAAACAGCUCCAGGCAGCCAAGGAAGCUUCUGUCACCAAAAUCCAUGCUUCCCUCCAAACUGAGGAAUUGAAAGCUCCUAAUGUCAUCCCCAAUAUUGAUUCUCAAGAACUAUUGAUUACCCCUGAGCUGAAGGAAAUUACCAGGAAUAGUCAGGAGCAACUAAUAAUGCCUAAGAAUGAAAAGAAUAGCAGCUAUUGUACUGAGUUAUCUACUACCCCAAAGCACAGUGAAACUGGUGACAGUAUGUCUUAUGAAACAAAAACUUUGGUUUUAAAAUUAAAAGAUGCUGAAUCUACUAUUUCAUCACUAUGGCAUCAACUGGAAAUUGCAGCUGAAGAGAUGGAGUCACUCAGAAAGGCAAACCAGAAUAACAGCUGCAGUGGCCAACCUCAGGACUGUGUUGCAGAACUUGUCGUAAUGAAAUCCUCUGAAGGAGAGCAGAAAUGUGAAUUUAGUGAUGCACACAGUAAAAGCACUUAUGAGAAACUCCUGGAGGAAGAAAGAACAGCACUUCAGAAAGAGCUUGACAGUGUUCGGGACCAGCUCAUGGGGUCACAGGAGCAGCUCAGGACCUUGAAGUGUUUAGAGGACCAAGUUAACACUGAGAGUAUGGAGGCCAAAGAAAGGUUGAACCAAGCCUUGUAUGAUCUAAGAAGAACUAAAGAUCAGAACAAACUUACUUGUGAUAUGGUUGAGGAACUAGAGGAAAAGGUCACCACUCUGGAAACUCAGCUUAAGAGUGUUGUAGAAAACAGGAAGCAGUUAUUAGAGGAAAAUAAGAAGUUGAGGCAGUCAUCUAGUAUGCUCCAAGAGGAUAAUAAGCCAGAGAGAGAGACAGAACUUCCUUCAUCAGUUAUUAUUGGGCUACAGAAAGACCGGGAUAAUCUGCAAGAAAAAUAUAACUGCCUAAGAGAACAGCUUGACAAGAUGCUUGAUAAACAGAACAACAUUGAUCAUGAGUUUGAGGAGAGCCACACCAAAAGUGAAGAACUUGCUUUCUUGAAUGAAGAACUCAGUUCAAAAAAUGAUGAGUUGGCCACUAAGAAUGAUUUGCUCAUUAGCAAGAAUGAUGAGCUUACAGUGAUGAUUGAAGAAUUAAAGAAUGAGGUAACUGAUCUGAUGGGCCAAAAUGAUGUUCUCAAGUCUAAUACAGAAACUUUGCAUAAAAGGGAAGCUGAACUAUUGAUUGAGAAUGGGGAUCUUCUGAAAGCCAAACAAGAAUUGAAAAAUCAAAGUUACAAUGCCUCACAUAGGCUAGAGGAAGUGAUGUCAGGAAAUAAAGAACUUAUUGCGAGAAACACCGAGGUAGUUCUACUGAAUGAGACCCUUAUCACAGAGAACCAGGGCUUGCAGUCCUUGCUUGAAAAAAACAAUUUGAAAUUAGUGGAACUAGAAAAACUGAAGGCAAAUAUGAAGGAACUAGAUGAAGACAAUUAUAAUUUAGAGAAGAAAUGCAAUGAUCUUGAGGUUUUGAUGGAAAAAAAUCACUCUGAGAAUGCAUUAGAAAAGGAAAAAGAAAGGCUUUUGGACACAAUAAAAGAACUUCGGGAUGAGGUUACUCAGAGUCACAUAAAAUGUGCUGAGUUUACAUCUCAAAUUGAACUUCUAGAAGCUGAGAGGAAAAUAAAAGCCUCUGAAUCUGACACAUUGUCCCUUGAUAAAGAACAAAUUUUGGCUUCUAUGGGCGAAUUAACAUUGAAAUACAAUGCCAUUGCUACUGAAAGAGAUAAGAUCUUCAAUGAAAACAUGGGACUUCACUCAGAUAAAGAGAAGCUACAGUUGGAAAAAGACUAUAUCUUAAAUGAUAGGGAAGAACUACUCAAUGUAAAAGAUAAAAUGCAAUCAAAGAUUGAAUAUUUGGAGAAGGAAAAGGAUGAAUUACUAUCCGAGAAAGUAGUAUUAGUGAGUCAAAACUCUGAGUUAAAGUUGGAAAAAGACUUCAUAUUAAAUGAUAAGAUGCAGCUAGUAUCUGAAAAGGAGGAAUUAGAAUCUAAGAUUAAAGAAGUAGAGAAAGAGAUAAAUGGUCUAAUAUCUGAAAAUGAAGCAUUGGUAAAGCAAGAAGCAGAUUUACAUUCUGAAAGAAAUUUGAUCUUGAAUGAGAAAUUGCAUUUAAUGUCUGAAAAGGAGGGACUACAAGAUGAGAUGGAACAGCUCUUGAAAGAAAAGAAUGGACUACUGUCUGAGAAAAAGGCAUUGGAAAUAGAAAAACUAAAAUUGUUAGCUGAAAAAGAUGAUAUCUUCAGUGAUAAACUGCAAUUGCUUGCUAAAAAUGAAGAGUUACAGUUAAAUAAUGAAAAAGCUUUGAGGGAAAAAGAAAGCUUGCACUCAGAGAAAGAGUUCUUGCUUACAGAAAAAGAGCAGCUUCUGAAGAAUGCUGAAGAUUUAGUCUUACAAAAGAGUACAAGUGAUUCUGAGCAACAGAAUCUUCAAGGUGAAAUAGAAGUUCUAAAGGUAGAAAAAGAACAGUUAACAGUAAAUGUCCAGCAGUAUAAAACCAUGGUUGAACAAAGUGAGAUGGAUAUUGAUGAUCUUCAUUCCAAUAUUAAAAAUAUGACAUCACUUAAGGAAAAGUUGAUGUCUGAAAAAGAUGAGCUCAUUAAGACAAAUGAACAACAGUUGCAAGAAAAUAGGAAUCUAGUCAUGGAAGUAAGAGUGCUACAGGAUAAAAAUGCAGAUAUAUCCUGUAGGAAUGACAGUUUGUCAUCUCAACUUAGCCAGCAUGCUUCAGAUAAGGAGCAGAUGACUUCGGAAAUUGAUAAUUUGAAGUCAAAGUCAAAAGAUAUGCUAGUAGAAAAAGAACAGCUUGUCAAGAAUUUAGGAGACACAAAAAACACACUCUCUUUAGUUGAUGUAAAAAUUCAGACCCAGAGUAAGAUUUUAGAAAACCAAAAGGGAGAAAUAGAAAUGCUACAAAAGGCUAUACAGGCACUAAAGCAGCAACAAUGUAAGCAAGAGGGGGAGGUUGAAACUCUGAAAAAUGACUUGUUUGUGAAGUCAGAAGAAGCUGCCAAAGGAUGUGAUGACCUGGCCAAGGUGAAGGGAGAGUUGCAUGUUGUGGGAGAAAAUCUUCUAGUUUCCCAAGCAAAUCUUGCCAACAAAGUGAAUGAGAUUGAAAAAUUGGGUAUUUUGGUGACUGAAUCUCGUACUGACUUGGAGACACUUCGGGCUAAAUUCUCCCUUCAUCGAAAAAUUGGGAGGAAGAAAGAGGAAGAACUGAGGCAGUGCUUGAAGCAUAUUGAAGAUUUAGAGACAGAAGCAAACCAGUUCAAGGAAAAGGUAAAGGCUGCAGAAAGUGAAUCCAACAGUCUGUGUAAAGAACUGAGAGAGGUGAAACAGCAGACAGAUCACUGGCAGAAACGGUUUAGUGAGAAGAACACAGAGGCGGAGGAACAGGCUGCAAAGCAGAUUGAGCUCAUGAAGAAAAUGCUUGAUCUAGAGGAAGAAAAUGAUAAUAUGAAGUCUAAGGUGUUGCUUCUUCAAGGACGUAUAAAGAGGCUGAAAUCUGAAAAGAAUGGUAAAGAAGCACCUGAUGGUCGAGCAGACAAAGAACUAAGAAAUCAAAAUGUGAAAUCAGACGCAUCAAGUUCAAGUGCAAAUAAUCCUCAAAAAGAAGCUACAAACAGUCUGGGAUUACAAGGAUCUGACAGUCAAGAAAUUGUGGAAAGUUCACUGACUCAGGUGUCCAGGAACUCUACAGUAUCCCAAAUAACUCGCCGUGCUGUAACUCGCCGAGCAUCAACACUACUUUCUGUACCCACUGCUCCCAAGGAAUCUUCAACUAAAAUUUCUUCAAAGAGCCCCAAAGAAAAAAGCACCAAACCACAAAGGUCUUCUGCUGUUAGCAUGGAUGAAUAUUCUACUCAUAAUUCAUCCCAGUCUGAUCGAUUACGGACACUGCGUACCCGUGGACGCAGCACAAGUACUGUGACUCUCCUUGGAGAUGAAACCAUGAAACAAGCCAUAAAGCGAGUUUCAUCUUCCACAUCUGUCACAAAGGAUAAAAAGAAACGUCAAUCAACCAUAACUGCUGUUCCUGAGUCACCAGGCUUUGUGGAGACCCUUUCAACAAAGUUGAAAGGGGGUCUGAAUGAUUUAUCAUCAGGUGUUGAGAGCCCUGGGGUACUGCAGCGUUCAACUACUUUGGCCAAGAAGAUGAAUCCCAAGGAAAUGUUGCAGGAGAGUGGUCCCCUGAGAUCUUUAAACCCCAACAGUCCAGUUCGACCCAGCACCAGACGAGCUCCCACUCACCGUACCUCAAGUGUUGGCACUCGCACAAGGGCCUCAAGCUCUACUGCCCGUGGGGAUGACUGCAAAGUUCAGUAAGCAGUGUUAAUUUAAGUUAUGAAAAUAAUAAUAAUAAUGGUAUUUCUAAAGAGAGAAGUUUGGGAUAUUUUUUUAGUUCUCAGAUUUGAAAUAGUAGUUUUGUUGGCAAGAGUAGAUAUAUAGAGACUGAUAUACACUGGCUAGCAUUUAUAUUUAUACUUGUGUUCAAGUAUAGAUCAGGCUGCUGAAAUUUUAAUAUCACUUUUGAAUAAUCUCAAGUUUUCUGAUUUAUACUCAAAAGUUUUUCCACCCACUUUUCAAUAUUCCAAUUGUAAUUAUUAAAAACAUUCUUUUUUUGUGUGUGUGUGUGUGUGAAAAGCCAUGCAAGUUAUAACCUAACCAUUUGUAGGUUACAAAUUGUUUGAGUACGUAUUGCAGGUCUUUCUUGAAAACUUGUACAGUACUAUACAGAAUUUGUUCUUUUCAUGUUUACAUUUGAUUGACCAACAUUCAUUUCAGUGUUCAUUGGAAUACACGAAUUUCACAUAUGACAUACAGUAUUAUAUCAGGUUCUAUGGUCUCUUAAGUUAUAUGAACAAUUAUCAGGAUUGCUUUUGCUCCUAUAGCCAUAAUCCCAAUACACCAAAAUAUUGUAGGUGUAGUUUGGAUUGACUGAUGGAUCGCUUCUUAGUUAUUUGGUAAUUCCUGUAACUUUAAUUUAAAAAAGUUUAGAUAGAUAUAUACAGUCAACCCUCACUUUACGCUGUCCCACAUUCCGCGUUUCCACGUUUACGCGGUGCCCUGCCAGAACCCAGGA